UCGACAGGUGAAAAUUAGAAACGGCUACUACGACGUGAAAGAGAUCUUGUUUUACGUAAAUCGACUUAAAACCUUGUAUUUUCCAGUGGACAAAUAGUUCGAUAAUUUAUGGCGAAGAAGAUGUAAAGAAGUAAUAAUAUGCUAAAAAGUGUCAAAGAAAUUAAGGGAAAAAAUGUCAGAGCCCGAUUCGGUUAUCAUCAAAAAGACUCAGAACUCACUGGGAAAAUAUGUAAAAAAGCCGGCCCUCACGGAUAAAUUACUAAAGAAGCCUCCAUUCCGUUUCCUACAUGAUGUGAUCAAUGUGGUCAUCAAGGAAACGAACUUUCUAAAGGAUCUUUACACGCCUGAGGAACUGAAUUCUGACAACGUUAAGGAUAGGGAGGCUAAAGUAGCCUACCUUCAGAAGUUGAUCGAUGUCACCAAAGCAGUAACGGGUAAGGAGCUAAAAGUUCGACCUUCCAAGGUUAUCGCAGGUCUCGAACCGGAAAGGACAAACGAAUUACUGCAGGCGAUAGGAUUUGCGUUGGACAAAAAGUUAGACAGCACCAGCGUGGUACAAAGUUAUCUCAACGGAAGCGCCAAUGGAGUCGAUUCGCAAGAUACACCAGCGAAUGUCAACGUCGCAAGGGAUAGUCAAAAAGACGAUAGAAAAAGUAAAGAUAAAUCCAAAGAAAAAGAUAAAGGGAAAGACAAGGGAAAACCUAGGGACAAAACUAAAGUUUCUUCUGAUGUGAAGAAGGAUGAACCAACAGAAAAGAAGGAGAAAACAGAGAAAAUCACCAAAAAUAAAGAAAAAGAGAAAGUUGGAAACAAAGUCGAAAAACAAAGAACUCCAAAGGAAGAUACGAAAAAGUUAGAAAAAUCCAGAUCGAAGGAUAAAGAAAGGAGCCUCAAGAGGUCAGAAUCAAUCAAGGAGGAGCCUCCGCUAACAACCACAAAAUCUCAGCUAAACAAAACCGAAGAAUCCAGUAUAGAUAAUGACAGCAAAGAUUCUCUCAAGGAAAAUCAAGCAGUUGCUGAAGUGAGUGGGAAAAAACUGACGGCAGCUGUCGAAGACGAAUUGGUAGCCGUGAUCGAUGAAGAAGCCGAGCUUCGUCGUAUCGAACGAAGUUCCAGCCGAAGAUCAUCGUUGAAGAAGCAAGGGGGACUCACCCCAAGUGAAAACAAUGUACUAGGAGAUCUUAACCAAUUCAAUGGAUUGGACGUUCAGGAUCUGAACCGUCAAAUCAAUGGUGUCAUGGGAGACAUUCUUUCGCGGCAUGAUUCUGAUCCGAUUGAACCCAUCGCAAGUGAACGGAUAUCUGCAAAGGUACCGGUGAACCGACAGCAAUCUGUUGAUAGUGUUAUGCGCCCAAGAACUAGUUUGAGGCCACCGAGCGUACGCCCGCCCUCGGCAAGACCGGGAGCACCACGGCGGAAGGAGCGAAAUGUGGAAAUAGUCCUGCAGCCUAACGAGACUACUAAGCUAGGGGAAAUCAAUGUAAAGAUGGAAGUGUUCAACAAUGAGCUGCUUGAUGAUGAUGGUGAAAAUUUGAUCGUGAUUGAAGACCCAACUCAAAUCGGAGCGGUUUAUGGUGAGUCUGGAACGGAUGUGGAAAGGGACAGCAAGGAUGAACAGGACCAGGGACAUCUGGUUCAGCAGAUUCUAGAAACUCAGAAGGAAUUUUCGAGUAUCACCGGUGGAGAAGUGAAGGCGGAUGUGGCGAAGAAAACGGAUCUGGAGUGGACCAGUAGCCAGAGGCAAUCAUCGUCGAAGCAGAUGGAAACCAUGCGGGAUUCGAUCCAAAAACUGACUCGUUCGGUGAACCCGUUGGGGAAAUUGAUGGACUUCCUUCAGGAAGACAUCGACUCGAUGGAGCGGGAGCUUAGCAAUUGGCAGCAGAUCUACUCGCAAUCAGCAGUCGAGUUGAAUAAGGAACGAAGUGCGAAUGAGAAUGCAAUCGAACCGUUGAAACACCAACUUGCCCAAAUUGAGGGCAAUAUCAAAGAGUACCGGGAAAUGAUCGACAUAACAAGGAGCAACAUACUGCAAAAUGAGACAAAAAUCGAGCGGCUGUACAUGACAGAGAUUUGA